GUGUUUUCAUAGAUGAAAAGUAAAUAUGCGACGAGAAACCAAGUCGGAUUUGCUAUGAUCCGUUAUCUCCARUGUUUUGUGAAUGAUUGUGGACGACAAACAAGAAGAAAUAAUGCUUUAAUUCCAGUCUACAAACUGCGUGGUUUAUAGCCAUAUUGCAGUAAUAAUGUCGACCGCACGAGAACAUCAAGAGGGCUCUAUAGCUGCAGAUAGUGGAAUCAAGAAAAGACCUUCAAUAUUUGAUCAUCUUCCUCCUUUAAGUGUACCUCAGCCUGCCUACAGCAAUAAACCCAAGAUUGUAGAAUAUGGUGCUUACACUAAAGCAUCCCCAACAAAGGAAAAGCAAUAUUAUAGACAUGCCAGUGAUUCUGUUGCCAACAACUACAGUCCCUCRGCUCAAGGUCUCUCAACACAUAUUAUUUACAAGAGRAAGAAAAAUUCUAGYGCUCCACCAGGCAGGAAAACUAUCAACACAAAGAAAAAACAAGAAUUUAUUGUCAAAGAAGAYAUUAAAGUAUUACACAACAUAAAUGRCUCACAUUCUGUCCCUGCAGGGACAUUUUCUGUUUUGUCUGAAGGAGCAACUUCUAAAACCCCAGGUGGCACAUUUACAAGCAUGGGCUUUGUCACCAAGGGACGUUUUCAGCACAUUAGUCCAACUAGAGUAAAAGGGACCAAAAGUGARCUAGAUACAACAGAAAAUAAAGAAAUAGGACUMGACAGCUCAACACUAUCACAUACUAAACCUCCAAAGUUAAARAGAGUACAGUCUGCUGGUCAGUCUGAGUCAAUUCUCAGUUCCGAUGUGCGAGACAGUGGYUACCAUGGUGACGGAGAAAGUGGGUCACCACAUUCUAAAAGAACAAGGGUAGCCUGGGGCUCAUCUCAGGGGGCUGCUAUUUCUACCAAUGAAGAUGUAAUUGAGGAUUUAGAUACAGAGCUUAAGGAAGUUACAGAAGAGACGACAAAUGAAGCUUCUUCAGUCACUGGGAGGGACUAUGACGAGGAAACAAUUGCAGUACUKAAUAUCAAGUUUCCUCCUGCUUCUUUGACUCCAACACUUGGUCUGCCGAGAGCUGUGACUCCACCAGAAUCACAGGCAAAAAGGUAUUAUAGCCUUAUUGAAAAUGCYAUUGGUGCUCACAUGGUUGCACCUUUGAGUGCUGAAUGGAAGAAGAACACACAUGGCCUAUUACUGGACAAACUGAAAUCAUUCAAAGAAACUCUGUAUGAAUUGGACCAGGAAAUGGAGGAGAACUACGUUCAAAGUGUCAAGCAAGGCAUUCUGGACUAUGUACUACUUGAUCCUUCAGAGCAGCGGAGAUUGGGUCUACAUAUGCCAGAACCUGUUAUUUUCCCGGCUGGUAGAGAUAGCUUUCCAUGGCACGAUUCUGUUGUUUCAUCAAGAGAAUUUUUAUGUAGUGAUUUGUACGUGACGCACCCUGUUUUGAGAGAACUUCUAUUCCUUUGGCAUACAAAAUACUCUGACCUACGUCUAAUMGACAUCGGUGAUCUGUUAUCUUCCGCACCGUUGACUAAAGACCAACUUACACGCCACGUACAACAGUCAUGUGAACGUGGAGCUUCGAUACUACGUGAUGAGUGGAUUCCGUCGUGUGUCAAAGUUAUUAGUGAUCGUAGAGACGAAGUUGAGGAUGCGAUGCCUGAGAAUGAGGACUUGAGAGCUGCAGCCAUGGAUCAUUUCUUUGCUUCUGUGGCCUGUCUAAUGUCAAACAACCUUCGUAGUGCUGUAUACGCAUCACUUCAGGAUUUCCUGCAAUUCAUAGAGACGUACAAGCACGGCAAUGACUAUGAUGGUGACUUUAUUAGAUCUCUUCCUGUUUUACCUCAAUUGUUAAUCUUAACAGUGGUUCCAGAUAUGGAAGAGGAAACAAUCUCAUUUGCACCAAGAUUCUCAGNAUUGAGUGACUUAAGAGCUGCAGCCAUGGAUCAUUUCUUUGCUUCUGUCGCCUGUUUGAUGUCAAACAACCUUCGCAGCGCUGUAUACGCAUCACUUCAGGAUUUCCUGCAAUUCAUAGAGACGUACAAGCACGGCAAUGACUAUGAUGGGGACUUUGUUAGAUCUCUUCCUGUUUUACCUCAAUUGUUAAUCUUAACAGUGGUUCCAGAUAUGGAAGAGGAAACAAUCUCAUUUGCACCAAGAUUCUCAGAGAUGACAGAAGCGUUCUUCUCGAUUGUGGAUAACAUUGUCACAUGUGUACGGGGUCUUAAACGUGUUGAGAAUCAGUUGUUUUACGAAGAAGAGUGGAUGAAGCAUAAACUAYUGUCCAGUGUUAGUCUAGAUGAAGAACGUGUACUGGACGCAAAGGCUMGACUCGCCGCCAUUGUCAAUAAAAACAGCGCUGGUCCAACAAAGUUCAGGUCUGUUUACACAUUUUACAAGUAUCUACUAAGCCGUGAUUCCGACCGACGAACAACAAACUUUAUUUCUGGCGACCAUCAAUUAUUGCAGUAUGGCCGAGAGCUGAAGAAAUUGUACGCAUUGUCACAAGCUGCAGCAUCGAUGGAUCUGUCGAUUCCUAUGGAACUGUUUGUACUGGACUGUACAGGAAUCAAUGAUUGUUCCAAGUUUACCCAUGUCAAACUUCCCCCAUGGAGAAAAUUGUGUUUAAGUUUUUUAUUUUCCCUUCAUGACAGGUUCAGGUCUGUUUACACAUUUUACAAGUAUCUACUAAGCCGUGAUUCCGACCGACGAACAACAAACUUUAUUUCUGGCGACCAUCAAUUAUUGCAGUAUGGCCGAGAGCUGAAGAAAUUGUACGCAUUGUCACAAGCUGCAGCAUCGAUGGAUCUGUCGAUUCCUAUGGAACUUUUUGUACUGGACUGUACAGGAAUCAAUGAUUUUUUGAUAAARCGAGGCUCCGAUCUAGUGGAUAUCAUGUUGAUGAAACUCACACGGCAAAGUGUCCAGUUUAACCGUGCAAUCUGUGCACAAUAUGACCAGAUUGUGAUACGAAUUACAACUUCAGCCAAGACCACYGACGAACUCGUUGACCUGGAAAACUACAUUGAGCAACUGCGAAGCGGAGCUUUACUGAAGCUAAAGACGGACCUCGAAGAGGCUGCUGAUCUAUUGAUGUUUUUGAUGGAUCACACRUUUUUGACGGACGAUCACCUUAAGCUGAACGAAACGACGUUUACUUGGCCUGAGCGUAUUCUACCAAUGGUGGAGUUGAGUGAAAACCGCAUUCAACGCGAGCAUGAUACUGCAGUCCACAAAAUGUUUGACUGGCUCACCAAGUUUGAAAAACAACUGAAUGAAACUUUGCUGAGCAUCAAGGAAUUCUACACCAAGGACAGACUCUCUGAAUCGAAAACCUAUCUAGGACARCUAGACGAACUUCAGAAUAAAGUGUUGGAAUUUCUUGAAGAGCGUAAACGGAUCAAUAAAGAGGAAGAGUUACUUGGCCAAGAAAUGAGAAGCCCAUUUCCUCAAAUCCAGGAAAUCAUCGACGGGAAAGAACCGUUUGAUAAGCUAUGGAGAGCUGUGGUGAAGUUUCACAGCAGACAAGAGCAAUGGCUUAGUGGCCCAUUAUUGACACUUAACGCAGAGGAAAUCGAAGAAGAGGUGUCAGAAUUAUGGCGCACAAGCUACAAACUAACCAAAGAGUUUGCGCAUCCUGAGUUCCGUGGUCCUUUGCGCGUUGCGUCCACCGUGAAAGCGAGACUGGAAAACUUUAAAAUCAACAUGCCUUUGAUCAAUGCAUUGUGUACACCAGGGAUUAAGAACAGACACUGGGAUAUGAUGAGUAUGAAGGUUGGUUUUAAUAUCACUCCCAAAGAUGACACGACCCUUCAAGAAAUGCUGGCUCUUGGACUGGACAAGUUUGUUGAAGACCUGUCGGUGAUAAGCAGCAGAGCAGCGAAGGAAUUCUCUUUGGAAAAGGCCUUGGACAAAAUGCACGAGGAAUGGAAAGGAAUCGAGUUCACUUUUGUCGAGUACAAAGACACUGGCAUAAGCAUUCUSUCUGCUGUAGACGACCUACAGGUCUUGUUAGACGACCAUAUUGUCAAGACUCAGACCAUGAAAGGAUCGCCAUUUAUUGGACCCUUUGAGGUGGAAAUUAAAGACUGGGAGACUAAGUUGAACCUAAUGCAAGACAUCGUAGAAUCYUGGCUUAAGGUCCAAGCUUCAUGGCUUUACCUGGAACCUAUCUUCUCAUCAGAAGAUAUCCAAGCUCAGAUGCCCGCAGAGGGAGAAAAAUUCAGAACUGUCGACAAAUACUGGAGACGAAUAAUGACKGAAGCAGUGAAAGAUCCCAAUGCCUUGGUGGUAACAUCGCAGAAUCAAAUGCUUGAAACACUUCAAACCUCUGAGGUUUUGCUUGARGACAUUCAAAAGGGACUGAAUGAUUAUUUGGAGAAAAAGCGACUUUUCUUUCCGAGGUUUUUCUUUCUGUCAAACGAUGAACUGCUUGAAAUACUCUCGGAGACUAAGGAYCCUUUAAGRGUUCARCCACACCUGAAGAAAUGUUUUGAAGGCAUAGCAAAGCUUGAGUUUGCUGAAAACAAAGAAAUCCUUGCCAUGAUAUCAGCCGAAGGAGAGACCGUUAAGUUUUCCAAGAAAGUCGUUCCCGCAGACUCRCGUGGACUCGUGGAGAAAUGGCUGUUACAGAUCGAGAAUGUAAUGAAGCUAAGUCUUCGUGAAGUCAUGGCUGACGCUGUUACAGCCUACCCAGAAACCCCUCGCACAGAAUGGGUUCUCUCUUGGCCUGGUCAGGUCGUCCUGGCAACCAGUAUCAUAUACUGGACACUUGACGUCACUGAGGCGAUGCAAAAAUCAAAUGGGYUACGURAAUACUAUCAACACAGCACCAAACAGAUUGAGGACAUAGUGGGACUGGUACGAGGGAAGCUUUCAACAAUGGAAAGGAUCACUCUUGGCGCACUCAUCGUCAUUGACGUACACGCACGUGACGUAGUCGCAAAGCUAGUUGAAGAUGACGUCACUGACCCUGCUGACUUUCAAUGGAUCAGCCAAUUACGAUACUACUGGGAAGACAAGUCAGUCAUGGUCAAGAUGAUUACAACCACUGUCAAGUAUGCAUACGAGUAUCUUGGCAAUACUGGACGACUUGUCAUUACACCACUCACUGAUCGGUGUUACAGAUUUAUGWUAAAUCAACGAAMCACGUCAGACUGGGGUUCUAAUUUCUUGACCAACUUUGUGCUUUCAGUCGUUGCUCAACARAUUCUCACWAUUCAGCGAGCUGUAAUGGAGCAAUUAGAYAAGUUUGUAUUUGAGGGMACUGAGAUCUCGCUCGAUCCUACRUGUACCAUGUUCAUUACGAUGAACCCGGGGUACGCUGGUCGYGCCGAAUUACCCGAUAAUCUAAAGGUGUUGUUUCGUACUGUUGCUAUGAUGGUACCCGACUACGCCCUUAUAAGUGAAAUAAGUCUGUAUUCCAUGGGCUUCGUGAACGCCAGGAGUUUGUCUGCGAAGAUCGUCGCCGUGUACAGACUAUGUUCUGAACAGUUAUCAUCCCAACAUCACUAYGACUAUGGGAUGAGGGCCGUCAAGUCCGUGCUAACAGCGGCUGGAAAUCUUAAACUCAAGUUUUCAGAACAAGAUGAAGAAAUCUUGAUGUUAAGAUCGAUCAUGGAUGUCAAUCUACCCAAGUUCCUUUCCCAAGAUUUGCCGCUAUUCGAAGGCAUUGUAUCAGAUCUUUUCCCUGGCGUGACGCUACCAAACCCAGAUCACGGUAUUCUAGAAGACGCGAUCAUCACAUCUAUCAAGUCAUUUAAACUCCAACCAGUACCUUGGUUUAUAGAGAAAGUUAUCCAGAUCUACGAAAUGAUGCUUGUACGUCAUGGAUUUAUGAUCGUGGGGGACCCCCUGGGGGGCAAGACGUCCGCGUGGAAGGUUCUCGCUGCAGCAUUAUCACAACUUGGUUUAGAUGACUUUUCUGAUGAAGUUCCGGUUAUGUAUCGAAUUAUCAAUCCUAAAGCCGUCACAAUGGGCCARUUGUACGGUAGAUUUGAUCCAGUAUCUCAUGAAUGGUCAGAUGGUGUGCUUGCGAACACUUUCCGAGAGCACGCGUCAUCGACGACAAACGAUCGUAAAUGGAUUGUGUUUGACGGACCCGUUGAUGCAGUUUGGAUCGAAAAUAUGAACACCGUGUUGGAUGACAAUAAAAAGUUGUGCCUGAUGAGUGGCGAAAUCAUCCAAAUGAGCUCACGACAGAAUAUGAUUUUUGAACCUCAAGAUUUAGAGCAGGCGUCUCCUGCAACAGUCAGUCGAUGUGGUAUGAUUUAUAUGGAGCCAGUAAAGCUUGGUAUUGAGCCACUCAUAGCAACAUGGAUGGAUAACGAGUUUCCUGCAAACCUCAAUCACUCUCCUUACAGGGAAUCAAUCCAGAUGAUGUUUGACUGGUUGAUGCCCGCCUGUAUUGACUUUAUAACCCGAUAUUGUCGUGGAUUUGUAAAGAUGUCUUCCAUGCAUAUGGUUAAAGCUAUGCUGACCUUGUAUUCUUCAUUACUUGAUGAACUCAGAGAAUCUCCAAACGAUGCAAAGAAARCCAAUUCAGAUGACGAUUCAUUUGAAGACGAAGACGAAGAAGAACAAAGUGAACUCGCAAAAGAUGAAAAACCRCCAAAAUCAGAGGCCGAAGUMUUCCAAUGGCUGCAAUCAUUGUUCUUGUUCUCAGUCUGCUGGUCGAUAGGCGGCCAUCUUGAUAGCGAUUCGAGAGAAAAGUUCAGUGAUUUUAUGAAAGUAUUGGCGGCAGGAACAAAUAAGCAGCAUCCACGACCCAAGGACCUCAAGCUUCCCAAGACGUACCAGUUCCCUGGGAAGGGAUUUAUAUAUGAUUAUUUCUUUGACAAAUCGACGUUUGGUACUUGGCACCCGUGGGAGAAGAAUGUGCCUGCUACAGAGAUAGGUGCAGACUUCAAGCCAAGCGACGUUAUUAUUGCCACCACCGAGACUGUUCGCCAGGAAUAUUUCCUGGAAUUGAUGCUAGCWCAYGAGAAGCCAUUGCUCUUUGUUGGUCCAACUGGUACUGGCAAGUCUGCCAUAACGAACCACUACAUCYUAAGACUUCCAUCYGAUAGGUACAUCGCAAAUUUUAUGAACUUCUCUGCGCAAACCACAGCUAAUCAAACACAAGACCUUAUCUUGUCAAAACUAGACAGGCGAAAGCGUGGUACUUAUGGUCCUCCUAUCGGUAAAAAGUGCGUAGUGUUUGUAGACGACCUUAAUAUGCCCGCCAAAGAGAAAUAUGGUGCCCAGCCCCCCAUUGAAGUAUUACGUCAGUGGGCAGACCACAGUUACUGGUUUGACAGGAAAGACACAUCUGUUCUCAAUCUUGUCGAUCUGUUAAUGGUCUCGGCCAUGGGACCGCCAGGCGGAGGAAGAAACGAAAUAACACCAAGAUUUUUGUGCCACUUCAACGUCAUUUCAAUCGAUUCGUUCAGUGUCAACACCAUGAAAAACAUCUUUUCGAUCAUUAUGGAUUGGCACUUUAAUAAUCGUGGAUUUGAAAACCAACUGCGGAGAUACUCAAAGAUUAUGAUAAGUGCCACUAUAGAAGUGUAUAACCAGGCCAUAAGGAACUUCCUACCCACUCCAUCCAAGUCUCACUACGUUUUUAACCUCAGGGAUUUCUCAAGAGUUGUACAGGGUAUUCUGUUAUUUCCUGGUCAGUGUGCUACUGAUAGUGGUAAAGUKAUAMGKCUMUGGGUCCACGAGGUGUACCGAGUGUUUUACGACAGACUUGUUGACAUCCACGAUAGAGAGUGCUUCUUUGACAUUGUGAAGAAUGUUMUUGCAAAUGAGUUCAAGGAGAAAAUUGGUCAUGUUUUCAAUCAUCUUGUUGGUGCUGGUUGYCAAGUAACAGAAAACACUAUGAGAAGUUUGUUCUUUGGCGACUUUCUGGAUCGCAAAGCRAAUCCCAAGUUGUAUAACGAGAUCCAAGACCUUGAAGAUCUCAGCCAGGCGAUGGAGGUUUACUUGGAGGAUUAUAACAUUUCCUGUAAAACCCCCAUGGAUCUCGURAUGUUCAAGUUCGCCAUUGAACACGUGUCUAGAAUCUGCCGCGUGUUAAGACAGCCAAAUGGACACGCACUCCUAGUCGGAAUCGGUGGUUCAGGACGCGCAAGUGCAACCAAGCUAGCCGCUUUCAUGUCCGAUUACGAGCUUUUCCAAAUUGAAAUCACUAAAAACUAYACGUUUGUGGAGUGGCGCGAAGAUGUCAAGAAGAUGUURCGUAAGGCUGGUGAUCAGGGCGUGUCUACUGUGUUUUUGUUUGGCGACCAUCAAAUUAAGGACGAGGCUUUCCUGGAAGACUUGAACAUGAUUCUCAACACUGGUGAUGUCCCGAAUAUUUACGAACACGACGAAAAGGCUGAAAUCAUUGAAAAAAUGCAGUCUAUUGUCCAAGAACGUAAUCUUAAAGUAGAUUCCAGUCCACUUGCGAUGUAUAAUUUUUUCAUUGAGAGAGUUCGACGUAAUCUCCACGUSGUUCUUGCAAUGAGUCCAAUCGGUGACGCUUUCAGAAACCGUCUUCGUAUGUUUCCUUCGCUGAUUAACUGCUGUACUAUCGACUGGUUCCAGGCUUGGCCAGACGAUGCGCUCGAGAUGGUGGCCAACAAGUUCCUGGACGAGGUAGAGAUGUCACCACAAGUUCGCAAAGAAUGCGUAUCAAUGUGUAAACAUUUCCAUCAGAGUGUCCGAUGCGAAUCAGAAAGAUACUACAAUAUCUUGCGACGUCAUAACUACGUCACGCCUACGUCAUACCUGGAGCUGAUACGUACUUUCAAGUCCCUGCUYGAAAAGAAACGACUUCAAAUCAUGACCAUGAAGAGUAGAUAUCUCAAAGGACUUCAAAAGCUUGACUUUGCUUCGUCUCAAGUCGCUAUUAUGCAAGAAGAGUUAACGGAGCUGCAACCUGAGCUGAUACAAACUAGCAAAGAAACUGAAGAACUUAUUAAGAUUAUUGCUGAAGAGACGUCUGAGGUCGAAGACAAGAAAAGGAUUGUGGAAGCAGACGAAGCCGUGGCUAACGAAGCUGCCAAAGAAUCGCAAGCAAUCAAGGAUGAGUGCGAGGAGCAGUUAGCCGUAGCCAUGCCCGCUAUGAAGGCAGCCAUUGCAGCAUUAGACACACUAAAACAGCAAGAUAUAACAUUGGUUAAGUCUAUGACCAACCCACCUGCUGGUGUUCGACUUGUCAUGGAGGCUGUUUGUAUCCUUAAGGGUGUGAAGGCUGAAAAGAAAAUGGUCGAUGGGAAACAAACUGAAGAUUACUGGGCUUCGUCAAAAAAGCUUCUCGGUGACAUCAAGUUCCUUGAGAACCUGAAAAUCUACGAUAAAGAUAACAUUCCUCUCGCUACGAUGAGAAAGAUACGUGACAAGUAYGUCAGUAACCCUGAUUUCCACCCGUCUCUCAUCAAGAACGUUUCCUCUGCUUGUGAGGGGCUGUGUAGCUGGGUGAGAGCUAUCGAGGUCUACGACAGGGUAGCCAAGCUCGUUGCUCCUAAAAGGAAGCGGCUUUUGGAAGCUGAAGCUGUUCUUGAAAAGCAAAUGGAGAAUUUAAACGAGAAGAGAGCCAACUUGACUGCUGUCAUGGAGAAGUUGAUGAACCUUAACGAUGACUACAAGGCCAAGAUCAACAAAAARAGAGAAUUAGAGAGAAAYAUUGAACUUUGCUCUAAGAAACUCCUGCGAGCCGARAAGCUGUUGAGYGGUCUUGGUGGUGAGAGGACAAGAUGGACACAGGUAGCCCAAGAGCUAGAAGAGACAUAUACAAACAUUGUCGGUGAUGUUUUGUUAUCGGGUGGUGUGGUUGCAUACCUUGGGUCUUUCACAGUAGACUUUAGGAUGGAUGUCAUCAAGGAAUGGUGGACGUUGUGCAGAGAGAAGGGGAUCCCUGUGUCGGACAAUUUUUCCCUUUCAKCUACUCUUGGUGACCCUCUGGUGACGAGAUCCUGGCAUAUUUCUGGGCUCCCUGUGGAUAAUUUUUCUAUCGACAAUGCCAUYAUUGUUUCAAACACAUACCGCUGGCCACUGAUGAUCGACCCACAAGGCCAGGCUAAUAARUGGAUCAAAAACAUGGAGAAACCUAACAAACUGCAAGUGAUUAAACUCUCAGACGCGAACUACGUACGAACGCUAGAGAAUAGUAUUCAGUUUGGGAACCCUGUGUUACUAGAGAAUGUCGGCGAGGAACUGGAUCCGAUGCUUGAACCGUUGCUUCUUCGACAGACGUUUAAACAGGGUGGACUGGAGUAUCUUCGUAUGGGCGAUCAUGUUGUCGAAUUUAGCAAGGACUUUCGUUUCUACAUUACAACUCGGUUACGCAAUCCCCACUAUCUACCCGAAGUCUCCAUCAAAGUAACGCUAUUAAACUUCAUGAUAACCCCACUGGGGCUUGAGGAUCAGCUCCUUGGCAUCGUUGCUGCAAAAGAAAAACCUGAGCUUGAAGAGAAAAAGAAUGAACUUAUCCUGGAGAGCGCAAAGAACAAGAAACAGCUAAAAGACAUCGAAGACAAGAUCCUAGAAGUCUUGUCAACAAGUGAAGGAAACAUUUUAGAAGAUGAAACGGCUAUAGAGGUUUUGUCUUCAAGUAAAAAGUUAUCAGAGGAAAUCUCUGAAAAGCAGGAAAUUGCAUCGAAAACAGAAAUGGAAAUCGAUGAGACUCGWGGCGGYUACAAACCAGUCGCCAAGCAUUCUUCUAUAUUGUUUUUCACAAUCUCGUCGAUGGCCAAUAUUGAACCGAUGUACCAGUAYUCGCUGACUUGGUUUAUAAACCUUUACUUGCAGGUACGACAUGAAUUUAAAAUGGAAAAAAUAAACAAAUGGGAAAUUAAAAAAAAUAGGAUGGGUGGAAAACGAGAAAUCUUGAAAGAACAAGARUGGCGGUUCCUGCUGACUGGUGGGAUUGCUUUGGAGUGCAAAUUCCCAAAUCCCGCUCCUGAAUGGCUGACCGAYAAGUCCUGGGCUGAGUUAGUGCGAUGCUCUGAUCUUCCUGCGUUCAAGGGAUUAAUGGAACACUUUACUGAAAACAUGGCGGAAUGGAAAGCYUUCUAUGACUCAGCCAAUCCCAACAGUGAACCGCUCCCCGAGCCUUGGGUGGACGAUCUCAAUAAACUGGAACACUUGAUAAUUCUGCGGUGUUUGAGACCUGACAAGGUGACGYUAGCUGUGACGGAAUUCAUCGUCUAUCAAAUGGAAGAACGAUACAUUGAGCCUCCUCCGCUUGACCUGGCCAAGUGUUACGAAGACUCUGAUUGCUGUGUACCGCUCAUUUUCGUUCUAUCACCAGGCGCUGAUCCYAUGGCGAGUUUGAUGAAAUUUGCAGAUGACCUGGGCGUGGGUCGAGGUCACGUGCAGACUGUGUCACUAGGCCAAGGUCAAGGUCCUGUGGCGGGAAAACUCAUUAAUAACGCUUUAAUCGAUGGUGACUGGGUAGUACUUCAAAACUGUCAUCUKGCUACAUCUUGGCUUCCUCUCCUAGAAAAGAUCUGCGAAGAGGUCAUCAUUCCAGAACGCACUCACAAGAACUUUCGCUUAUGGUUGACRAGUUAUCCUACAGAUCGCUUUCCUGUUUCUAUCUUGCAGAACGGKAUCAAGAUGACGAACGAGCCACCAAAGGGAAUGCGUGCAAAUCUUCUUCGCUCAUACUGCAGCGACCCGAUAUCAGACCCAAACUUUUUUAACGGAUGUAAAAAGCCCAAGGUGUGGAAGAAGCUCUUGUUUGGUUUGUGUUUCUUCCAUGCAUCGGUCCAAGAACGACGUAAGUUUGGUCCUCUUGGGUGGAACAUACCUUACGAGUUUAAUGAAUCCGAUUUGAGAAUAAGCGUCAAACAACAGCAGAUGUUUAUCAAUGAUUACGAUAAAGUGCCUCUAGACGCCCUGACCUACCUGACUGGAGAGUGCAACUACGGUGGACGAGUGACAGACGACAGRGAUAGGCGACUAAUUCUCAGUCUUCUAUCGAUAUUUUACUGUCCUGAAAUCAUCAAUGAUGAAAACUACAAGUUCUCGUCAAGCGGGUCGUACUACGCGCCUCCUGAGGGYACAUAUGACAGUUACCUUGACUACAUCCGUGGAUUACCGCUGACACCACAUCCUGAGGUCUUUGGUCUUCAUGAAAAUGCAGACAUUACAAAGAAUCAACGUGAAACACAACAGCUGUUUGAAGGAAUUCUUCUUACUCUUCCAAGACAGACAUCCAGUGGUGGUAAAUCAUCUCAGGAAGUAAUCGAAGAUCUUGCGGCAGACAUCUUGUCGAAAAUUCCCACAGAUUUUGACAUAGAGCAAGUUCAGAAAAAGUAUCCUGUUCGCUACGAGGAAUCGAUGAAUACAGUACUACUACAAGAGAUUAUCAGAUUCAAUCGACUGACUCAAGUAGUUCGUUCCAGCUUAUUAGACAUUCAGAAAGCUAUUAAGGGCCUGGUGGUCAUGUCAGCAGAGUUAGAAGAUGUCUUCGGUAGUAUGUUAGUUGGAAAGGUCCCUAGCAUGUGGGCAGCCAAGUCAUAUCCAUCACUCAAACCGCUUGGUAGCUACAUCACGGAUCUCGUCGCAAGACUUGACUUUUUCACGCAAUGGAUCGACUCUGGACCACCAGACGUCUUCUGGAUCUCGGGAUUCUACUUCACUCAGUCGUUCUUAACAGGUGCAACACAGAAUUUUGCUCGUAAAUAUAAAAUCCCCAUCGAUCACUUGAGUUACGACUUUGAAGUGAUGGACGACAAGCAGCAGCUCGACUCGAAACCAGAAGAUGGUGUUUACGUGAAGGGUCUUUAUAUGGAAGGUGCUCGUUGGGACAGGGACAUAAAUGUUAUUGGUGAAUCAUUACCCAAGAUUCUUUACGAUCCUGUUCCAAUCAUAUGGAUUAAGCCAUGUGAACUGGACAAUCUUAAAGAACAAAAGUGCUAUUCGUGUCCAGUGUACAAGACGAGCGCUCGMCGUGGUAUAUUGUCCACAACUGGUCAUUCAACCAACUACGUUCUGAGUAUCAACCUGCCAACCAGCGUACCAGAGAAAAUCUGGAUCACACGAGGGGUGGCGAUGCUUUGUCAAUUAGAUGAUUAAAACAUGAUCUAAUAAUUUAUUCAAUGAGGAUUUUAUCGUUUUCGUAUUUAUCAAUAAUAUAUUGAAACAUAUAUAAUGUAUCUAUCGGAUACUGAUGGAAGUAAUUUCUUCCACGGUUUCCUGCGCCAUCUUGAAAGUUAGCCAUGCCUUUGCAUCGAGGUGAAUUGACCGUUGAUGACCGUUGAGCGUGCAAUGAUACAAACCUUCUUUCAUAGCCACAGACAACUGCACUAUUUCAUUAUGCCGUCACAUCAAAACAUUGUAUUGUUUAACGCUAAGGAUUAUGGUCGUCAGAGGUGGUCAGAAUGACUGCAUAUCAAAUAGAAUGUACAUGAGCAAUCAUUAAUACAUGACAUUUAUCAAAACACAAUAUAUUGAAGUUCUUCUCUCGGAGAAGAAUACAAAUGGGUCUGAAUUUCCACUGUUUUUGAGCAACUUUCUCCGAUGUAAACAUAUGACGUCAUAACGAAAUAGGGCAAUUAUAUUAAGUAUCUAUCAUUAAAAGCUAACCGGUUAUUAUCUCGCUUCGAUGCAAAGGCAUGGCUACUUUUCAAAUUAUUGUCUAUUUACGUGAAUUAUGUGGAAUUCAGGUGUUCCUUCAUCAUGUUCAAGUACGCUUUUCUGCAAGCAUUUUUACUCGSUGCACUCCAAUCACUGCUCCGGUUAGUCUCAGGCCGAGAUACGGGACAUUUUUGAAUUCGCAAUGAUUUUGUUACGGGUUGCGUUCACAUGUACCCGGACCUUUUCGAAAACUUCUCAAGAGUAGCGAUCCGCAUAUGAAUACGUGUGUAUGGCGAAACUGAACACAAAAAUUCAAAAAAAAGUCUAGGUUACAUAACAGAAAGGAGAAUAAAAAGUCCUCAGUUUUUUUCCCUUUUUAGCAUUUAUUUUACCAGUAUACAAUUUUCAAUAUAUUCAAAAAGAAAGAAAAAGAAAAAAGAAAGUGAUCAAAUAGAAAAAUUAUAGAUGAUUUAUGAUAAUAUAAUAGACGAAAUGAUCAGAAUAGUAUUUGUUAAUUUAAAUGAACUAGUGUAAAUAUAUAGAUAGUAUUUUUGUAAUUUUAUGAAUAAAUAUUUCAAUCCAUUAAUGGUUGGUUCAUAUGUUUUGGGUCUGUUAUUCAAGGGUCUAACACUAUGCAAGACGAUUUAGGUGAAACUCGAUCUAGCGGUGAUUUUGCCCGCGGUUCAUCGCCGGCAAAUCCCGGGAAAUGACCCCCUCCCACUUUGGCUGAAUAAAUGAAAAAAA